CCGCACCAUCUCACGUCCGCUCGAACUUUGAAGAAGAACUAUGACUCACGACCAAAGUUCCUCUCAGACUAAAAACAGACGUUGAUGUCUUCCUGUCUUCUGUGGAACUCGUCCUCCGGCUGCAGACAUGUUGUUCGUCCUCUGUCUUCUCUUCACUGGAGGAAACUGUCCAAACGUCCCUGACGUUAGGAAAACGAUGGUGCAGCUGAACUCUGUGGCGACGCUGCCUUGUCCACACGCAGCAGGAGACGUGUCGUGGACCCGCCUCAUAAACGGAGAUCACGUGAUUCUUGUCACCAUCACAAACGGACAGGAGGACAGACGAGACAAGCGCUGUGGUUCCCUGGUCGAUAAAUCGUUGGUCAUCUUCAACGUCCGGAGCUCUGACUCUGCUUGGUACUUCUGCAACAGAAGACCGACAGCGUAUCUGGAGGUGACCACGGAUCUGACCGUCACACCAGGACACGACAGACCGGGGUUUGUCCUCGAAACCGACCACAGCGGGACAGACUCAGAGGACAGACAGUCUGACCUGUGGAAAAUACUCGUGGGUGUGGUCAUUGGUGCAGCUCUGGUGCUUUUGGUCUUUACCUUGAGAUUGUGUUUAGGAAGGCGAGCAGACAGAAACAGAGACACACCUGAAGCUGAGGUGAUCUACGAGGACAUCAGACCACCGGAUGGUGACACUCCGUACAACUGGUCCAGUGUCACCGAGGCAUCAAACUGGACCGUGUCCAGCACGGUGAACGAGCUGAAGGUUAAAGGUCGCUGCACUGACACUGAGUGUGUUUAUUCAUUUGUCCAGAAUCCACCACAGACAGGAAACGACCAGGAUCCACACACACAUCUGGAAAACAUCAGCGUUAUUCACCUCUGAUUGGACCGAUGCAAAGUGUUGUUAUUUCUGUCACUGACGAGGCUUUAAAUUCUUUGACAAAGUUCAGACACUGAAACUGACCCGUGUUUUUAUGUCCUCUGACAUCAGUCCUGAACAACGAGUCUGAAGCUAAAUGAUAGAAUUGAUCGUACGAGUCCAGUGUUUACGGAAAUUCAACCUUGUUUUAAUUUCUAUCCUGAUAUUGACGCUGUUUUCACGAACUUCUCUUUAUCUCCAUGAAAUCUCCUUUUUUCAGUUCUUAUUGUUUUAAGCUCCCUCAUCUUCAUUCUGUGUUUUGAUCUAAA